UCGUUCUAUCCGUACCUGCACGCAGACUUUACACUUUAACAUAUGGCUACUUAGAAUUCGGUCUUUACUCUGCGAACAAGACGGUUCAAACGACGUUGUUUAUGAGGUACGCACUUCGCGUCGAACGUGUGGCAUAAAAAUGCCACUCGCUCCGUUUCCCCUUAGAAUAUUUUUCGGCAGGGAAAUUUGUGUAGAUAUAUGUAUACAUACUUUGCUGAUGUAUUCAUACGUACCAGGUACACGAUGCUCCUGGGAAAUUAUAUUCCUGAACAUACGCACGAAAUCACUGAGUAGAUUAUACGUGUAUAUCGGGGGAGGGUUGAGUUUGCGAAACUCGCCUCAGGUGAAAUCCUGGCUCAUCGAAAACUUGCAGGUCGCCGUCGUGACUGGCGCCUCGGCUGGAAUCGGUGCAGAAGUCGUAAAAGGUCUGGUCAAAAAAGGAUUCACGGUUGUCGGUCUUGCCAGACGGAAAAAUCGCGUUCAAGAACUUGCCACGGAAUUGAAAGAAGAACCGGGAAAGUUACACGCCUGUGAAUGUGACCUCACCAAGGAGGAAGACAUCCUUGCGGCCUUUCGUUGGAUCAAAGCUCAAUGGGGAGGAGUUGAUGUGCUCGUAAAUAAUGCAGGCGUCUUUAAAUUAUCCACCCUGACAAACGGGCACACCGAGGACUGGAAGCAUAUCCUGGACAUUAACGUUUUGGCGGUUUGCAUCUGCACGAGGGAAUCCAUGCAGCUGAUGGAAGAUCGUGAGCAUUGUCAUGUGAUAAAUAUUUGCAGCGUUGCAGGUCAUCGGAUUCCGAACUUGGUUCCAUCCUUCCUGCACGUCUAUCCCGCAAGCAAACACGCUCUUCGAGCUAUUUCGGACAGUCUGAGGGCAGAGUGUGCCCGCAAUAAGAGGAGGAUCAAAGUCACGAACCUGAGUCCGGGCACCGUGCAGACGGAAAUGGCAGCGGGGCUUGGAAAUUUGUCUGAAAAAUUGACUGAGGAGGAUAUGGCGGAGCUUUCUCAACACAAAGUAACUCUUCAGUCGAAAGACAUUGCCGACGCAGUGCUCUACGUUUUGGAAACACCCCCGCACGUGGAGAUACGCGAGUUGAUUAUAGAGCCGUUGGGGGCAGUUUUGUAAACAUGGCGUCGACGAGGAUGAUUACGUACUUCUUCAAAUUGUUGGUACGCCGAUACAAGAAUCUGAUUUUAUCUCAUUUUCAUCCCAGGGGGAAUGGAACGAAUCGUAAUGAGUUUUGUUAUUUAUUCGUACACCUUUGUGAUAACAGCUGACAUAAUCUCAGCGAGAAUAUUAAUGAGAAUGAAAAUAUAUACGGUAUUAAGAAUAAGAUUAGAUUAUCGAUCUCAACUAUGUGCUAGGCAUGAAUCUCGAUAAAAGUCUUCAACUAUACGCGGCUAAAUAAAUGCGUUACAUUUUCUAAAAAGGAAUAUUUAAAAGUUUGCGUAGCAAUGAAUAAUGAAAGUCAGCAUCGUCCUCGAGACGUUUCUCACUUUCAAAUGCAGAAACACUCAAUAUUAUAGUACUGAUGCAACGGCUUGAAAUAAUAAAUUCAGCUGAUCAAAUGUUGGAUUCAAAUUCUGUAAUAUUACAUUUCUUGUUUUCAUCAAUUUUUAUACGAGGGCAGUCCAAAUAUCAACUGCAUUAAAAAACAAGAAACCAGAAAUAUCUGGAAAUUGCAUGUUAUUUAGUAGUUUGAACAAUAAGUUAGGAAAGUAAUUCUGCUCGUAAUCAAUCGAAUUCUAAUUUCCUACACUUAUCGACUCGUUCAACCGGAACGGUAUACAAAUCGAAUCAGUAAUUGUCUAAAACUGGAAUUUCCCAGCUUUUUCACACUGUCUAAAUAAUACAUAAAAAUUCUGCACCCUGAUUCAAUUUAUUUAUCAACUCUCACAAGCGUUAGUGACCAUCGCAAAUCUCCAGUCAAAGUUUGCAUAAUUUUCGCAAUUCAAAUUUCGUGUCAUAUCGCGCGCAAACAAGGCAGGGUGAGUAGUACACGUUUUCACCGCGACGGGGCGUCACGCGUGUAGAAUUCGAGAUCCAUGGAUGGCAACGUUCACGGAGUGGCGGGUAUAAACAAAGGCCGAUCGAGUCACAUGUGACCGUGUUCAUGUCGGGUUGGAAAUGCGGAGUGUUUGGCCCCGGAUAAUUUCACUAUUUCAGUUCCCGGCAUAAUUUUGUUGUACCGAUAUCCAAAGGUCAACAACACGAUCACUCUUCAGUACGAAUGUAAAUUUAUACAUACACGCACAACUCACGAAAUAUUUCGAAUAACCGUAUCUAGUGUUUGAUGAUCGCCCGGCUUUCUUCAUCGUGUAGUCUUCACCUGUUCUGGAUGUCGGAACUCGGAUCACGAAGGACAGCACGCACUUCGCACUUAUAACAACCGAAUUGUCACCACCACAAGUAUUGACUUACACAUUCUUACCUUUUACAAAUGGAUGGUAUUAGGGAAUAACGUCUUGAACCGACAUUUAAAAAAAAAUCGAGGAAUUACGAAUGCAUACAGAGAAUGAGACUCGAGUAUAUUUUAUUCGCUUUUCUCCCUACAUCGAUACUCACGCCAAGUGUAACUUGAAUACCGUAUUUCGUAAUAACGACGUAUCUACUAUACAUAUGUAUAACUCGCGUUUACAUCCAACAAAUAUUUUGAAUAACACCAACGAAAUUCAAGUUUCAUAGUUUUUAUUGACACAAUUAUAAGUUAAUAUCAGCAUAAGUUAGACAAAUUUAUCCAACCACUCCUUAAAUUAAAAAGUUCCGUAGAACAACGUGUCUUACGCAAAAACAAAUCAACUGUUUUUGUAAUUCGUCAGGAUAUUUUUUCGUGUUUUGUCAUUUUGUACUCCUUCACUAUAAAAAACAACGGUAAAUAAAAAAUAAAAGUUU